GUGGAAUUCCAUUAGAAAUGGAGAAGCUUCUUCUGCUGUCGAUCCUGUGUCUGAUCACAGCACCCAGUACCCCUACCCACGCGAUUAAGAUUGGAAUCUCCCACAACGACAACACCACGGCCGCACCCACACUCACUCCCCCAAGCACUACGGAACCAGGAACCUCGACUACGACCACACCUGUGCCGGUAUCCUCGAUGACCGAUCUGGCUAGCUCUAUGAGCCCCUUGCCAGAUGUGGCCACCAGCACUCCCAGCAACACUUUUCCACCACGACCCCAACAGAAGCCCAAGGCCACAGGUGCACCAAAAACCACAACUCCUGCGGAGGUUGCCCCUGCCGAAGCACAGCCCUUGAAUGCCACUGAGACGCCCAAGAUUUCAAAGAACUUUCCGGAUGACUCGUUCUAUUUUUGCUCUUGUGAUCUGCGGUCGAAGAUGUGCGAUCUGAAUUGCUGCUGUGAUCGCGAUUGUCCCACCGAGACCAGGCAGGUCUUUAGCUGCCUGAAGGUGUCGGCUCCGCCGCAGCUGCUCUCAAGAUUGGAGGACUUUCAGUAUACCCACGGCCUGCCUACCUGCCAGAUCAACGAUGGAUGGCUUUGUGUCUUUCGAAGCAACACAAAGCCAGCCAAAAUGAAGCCGAAGAUCAAAACCUUUGACGCCUCGCAGUACAAGAAAUGGCCAGACCCACUGGGAUCCUAUGAGACGGAGCCCGCACUGCCGCCAUUCUUGUCAUCGCUGUACAAACUCGGACAACCCUUGCAACUGUGGCACCCAGAGAGCAAGCAGUGGACCACCUUUGAUCUUCCCACGGCGUACGAGAGUUCCCAGUGCCACCUGAAGCAGCUCAUUCGGCACCUGCAACCGAUGGUCAGCAAUUGCCUGAUGAGAGAUCAGGCUCAAUUGCAGGAGAGUGUGUGGGCGAUACUCAAUCUGACUGCAAGCCAUCGAUUGCUGCCGAAGCCAAGAGACUUGGAGGAGCAGGAAGUGGACUCCCUGAAUAUACAAGUAUGUCAGAAAUUGGACAAUGGAAGAGUGCUUUGCCCCGAGUCGGGAAACGACACACAGUGGGAUAUUCCCGUGGAGAGUCUGGAACUUCAACUGAUCCACAACUUUACAAACAUUCUGGAGGCAAAACUUUUGAUCAGCGAAGCUCCUGGAGAUGAGGAUGACACGGAACCCAUUUGGAUGCACUACGCGGUCACAUUUGCCACUGUAAAUGAAUCGCUUGCGAAGCCCAGCUCGGGUCCACUGGGCUACCUAGCCGGCUCCCCCGUAAUCCUAUCGAGAAUGCUGCCACAAAACACCAGCGAGGACCAGCAGCUCCUGAGCUACUUUCAUGCCAGAAACGAUGACCCAGACUACCAUUGGCUGCCGCUCUUCUCCAGGAAGCCUCGCAGCGGAAACUGUCAACGGAAAUUGGAUGAAGAACAGGUCCUACGCUUCGGAGUGGAUCUUGCCAAGCAAUGUCUGCUGCAUCAGGCAGCACCACUACUCCAAGAAAAUGCCAAUCACACCGAGUUCUGUCAGAGCCUCCAGGCCGAGAUCUGGAAGAAGCUACUGCCCCACAACUGCAGCAGCCUGGACGAGAUGACCCAAGUCUUUGUGUCACAGCUGGGAAGACCGCACCCGGAGAGCUGGAUCCCCAUACAGCUCCAUUUCGAGGAGAACGGCCAGGAAGUGCCACCCGUUCAGGGCUUCUACGAUGAAGUGCAGCAGAGUCUGAGCUGCCGGAACAUGUUCCUAAGCGUCGGCUACGAGUUCCAUGUGGCAGACGUGGCCUUGCUCGAGGGACGAGUGCCGCAUCAGAAUGUCCUGCAGUAUGCCAGGAUCGUCCUCGGGCAGAGACACGACCUGGAGUUCGAUGGCAGCGAACAGCAUGUGGAGCUGCCGCUGGGCGUCUCGGCCAUGUUCUACAAUCUAGAGAAGAAUCGACCAAAUGGCGCCGCAACUGUGAUCGCCUAUCACAUCGUAGUGCUUACGAUGCUUCUUUUCUGGAUGGCCCUCAAAGAUAUUCAAGGCAGAUCUCUAGAGAUGAAAGAAUAUUUAAUUUAGAUUAACAUUUGUAAAACAAGAAAAGUAAAGGCUAAAACGACA